AUAGUUAGUUAGCUGUGUUGGGGUCGAUCGAGGAAGCGCGCCCGUCCGGCCAGAAGACCCAGUCUGUCGUUUGCAUCCCGAGGGUAAUGUGGAGGCAGUCAUCGUGACCGGAGGAUGGAGAAGCACGGUAGUGCGGCCGGUUUGCAGAGCGGACUCCCGUCACCCAGUCCAAGAGACCGCCUGUUCAGUCCUGACUCGCACAUGGAUGUCCAGGGCUAUAAGUGGGUGCGCUGGCGGGUGUGGUUGUGUCGUCUGGCCGCUGCGCUGUCCUUGGGUCUCCUCCUGAUUGUGUUUCACUGGCGGCCGCGCUUCGCUGUCCUCGCCCGCUGCUGCUCUUGCCCUGUGGCAUUGGCGGAUAUUCUGCUAAUAAGAGACAGCUUUGACCAGCAUCAUGUGGUGGAGGUCCACACAGAGGAGAUGGAGGACGGCAGUUUGGAGUUAAUGGCCGAGCUGGAGGACAAUGAAUGCAGGGAUACGGUUCAGCUGCACAAGGAGGAGAAAACGCUGCUGCGCUACUACCUGUUUGAGGGACUGCGCUACAUCUGGCUGGCCAGGAAAGGAGCUUUCUGUCGUGUCAGUGUCCUGAAUGAAAACUGGACCUGCAAGGACCUGUAUGAUUUCCAAAAGGGCCUGAGUCCCCUGGAGCAGAGCUUGAGGAGACGCAUGUAUGGGCCCAACCUUAUUGACGUUCCUGUGAAGCCUUACGUAAAACUGCUGUUUGAGGAGGUCCUCAACCCGUUCUACGUGUUCCAAGUGUUCAGCAUCGCCCUGUGGCUGGCCGAUGAUUAUUAUUUUUACGCCGUGUGCAUAUUUAUUAUCUCCGUUUUCUCCAUCGGCCUCUCACUUUAUGAGAUCCGCAAGCAAAGCAUCACUCUUCGCAACAUGGCCCAGUUUGUCACAAAUGUCACGGUACGGAGGAACUCAGGAGCGGAGGAGUGCAUGAGCUCGGAGGAGCUGGUCCCCGGCGACUGUCUCGUCAUCCCUCAGGAAGGUCUGCUGCUGCCCUGUGACGCUGCCCUGCUGGUCGGGGAGUGUCUGGUCAACGAGAGCAUGCUCACAGGUGAAAGUGUCCCGGUGCUGAAGACGCCCCUGCCGACCGGUGAGGGGCGGUACAGCUCAGAGACGGAGCAGCGCAGACACACCCUCUUCUGUGGCACCCAGCUCAUUCAGGCCAAAGGGUGGGGCAGCAGCGGUGCUGUUGCUGUGGUCACGAGCACCGGGUUCUUCACGGCCAAAGGUAGCCUGGUCAGCUCCAUUAUGCAUCCUCAGCCAAUCGACUUCCGCUUCUACCAAGACUCUGGCAAGUUCCUGCUCCUCCUGGGUUUGGUUGCUUUUAUUGGCACCAUUUACAGCAUUGUGGUCCUCUACCUCUACAAUGUGACUUUGCUGAGCUUGGUGAUUCGGAGCCUGGAUGUCGUGACCAUCGCAGUGCCGCCCGCCCUGCCUGCCGCCAUCACCACGGGCACCAUCUACGCCCAGCGCAGGCUGAAGAGCCAGGGAAUCUUCUGCAUCAGUCCGCCACGCAUCAACAUCUGCGGAAAGGUCUCAGUCUUCUGUUUUGACAAGGACCGUUGUGCUCUCCAGACAGGGACUCUUACGGAGGACGGUCUCGAUGUGUGGGGAGUGAUGGAGGGGGGAGCUGCCGGUUUCUCCGAGCUGGUCCCAGACCCCGGACUCCUGCCCCCGGGGCCCAUGCUCUCAGGCCUGGCCUGCUGUCACACCGUGACGCUGUUGCAAGGACAGCCCCUUGGAGACCCUCUGGAGCUCAAGAUGGUCGAGUCCACUGGUUGGUCCCUCCAGGAGCCAGAGGGGGAUGGGAAGGUGCUGGAUGCAGAGUUUGGAGGCCACAGAGUUUUGGCUGUUCUGAAACCUCCGACUCGAGGGACUUCCACCAGCGAGGCGGUGGCCAUUGUCCGGAGGUUUCCCUUCUCCUCGGCCCUGCAGAGGAUGAGUGUGGUGACGGUGGCCCGCGGGGGACACUCGGCCCUCGCUUUCAUCAAAGGAUCCCCAGAGAUGGUGGCAAGCCUCUGCCGAGCAGAAACUGUGCCAGCCCAGUUCUCCAGUGAACUGGGCGGCUUCUCCAGUGAAGGCCUCCGAGUCCUCGCGCUGGGCUAUAAACCAGUAGACGGGAACACUGACUUGAGGGCCAUUGAACGAGGGGAGGUAGAGACGGACAUGCGGUUCCUGGGCUUGCUGAUAAUGAAGAAUCUGGUAAAGCCAGAAAGUGCCAAGGUUAUUAAUGUCCUGAGGCUGGCAAACCUCCGCAGCGUCAUGGUCACUGGGGACAACAUCUUAACCGCAGUCAACGUAGCAAAAGGCUGCGGCAUGGUGGAAUCCCAUGAGAAGGUGAUAUUCGUCAAUGUAACCCCCCAAACUGCCCAGUCCGGGCCCAGACUGAAGUUCAGCCUGGAUGAAGGAGGGGCUCCUGCCGACCAAACCUCUAUUGUCACUCGGAGUGCUUUUGACUAUCACUUGGCUAUUAAUGGAAAGUCCUUCGUUGCCCUCUGUAAUCACUUCCCUGAGUAUUUGCCAAAGGUUUUGUUGCGAGCCACCGUAUUUGCACGCAUGGCUCCCGACCAGAAAACCCAGCUGGUGAAGGAGCUGCAGAAACUGAACUACCGGGUGGGCAUGUGUGGGGACGGGGCCAAUGACUGCGGAGCCCUGAGGGCCGCUGAUGUCGGGGUUUCCCUGUCCGAAGCCGAGGCUUCAGUCGCCUCACCUUUCACUUCCAAGACUGAAAACAUCAGCUGUGUGCCGCUGCUCAUCAGAGAGGGCCGGUGUUCUCUGAUCACCUCCUUCAGUCUCUUCAAGUACAUGGCUCUGUACAGCUUCAUCCAGUUCUGCUCCGUCCUCCUCCUCUACACCGUCAAGACGAACAUCGGUGACCUGCAGUUCCUGUACUGCGACUUGGUUUUGACCACUUUGCUGGCCAUCGUUAUGGGGGGAGGAGGCCCCAGCGAGGAGCUGCACCCCGGCAGGCCCUCAGCCAGUCUGCUGGCCCUGCCUGUUCUGGGCAGCCUCCUCAUCCACGCCUGCUUGAUUGUUGUGGGCCAGCUGGCUGCGUUCUUCAUCACGACCUCGCAGGACUGGUACGUUCCAUUCAAUUCAACAUUGUUUGGCGCCGCCAAUCUGCCCAACAUGGAGAACACCAGUGUGUUUUCACUGUCCGCUUUACAGUUCAUCAUCAUGGCCGUGGUGGUCACAAAGGGCUACCCUCACAAGAAACCUCUCUUCUACAACUGGAUCUUCCUCUGUGUACUGCUUGUCCUCUUUGCCGUGACGACUUGGCUGGUGUUGUAUCCCGGGCCCGUCGCCGGCCGAAUCUUACAACUGUACGACUUCUUUGACAUGGAGUUUAAAAUGCUGCUCGUCGCCAUAGCUGCUCUCAACUUCCUCAUGUCUUUUGUCGCGGAGGUGCUAGUAGACCGGGGUCUCCUGAGCUGCUUUCGCUUGCUGCGUGGGAGGCGUCAGUCCAAGAAACAGUACAAACGCCUGAACGUCCUUCUGUCUGAAUCCCCAUCAUGGCCGCCCCUCAAUCAAACCUUGUCCCCCACAGAGUACUCGGUCAUCCAGUGCAGCUAGCAUCUGCUCGCCCCUGUCGGACAUUAGCCAGAAAGUGCCAUCUGAGCGACAUCCACUUUUUUUUAAAUGUCAUGUUUACCUUCAUUAAUAAAAAAUAUAUUUAUGUAAACUUUCA